CAUGACUAUGGGGAUGAAGACAUUUUUCAAACAUUUUCUUUCCAUUAAUGGUAAUGUAUUCCUAUAGUCUUAGGGAUGGAAUACAAUAUUUCAUAUGGUUUGAAUGGUUUUGAGCUGUGGUUUGGAUGGUCGUAAAUAUCAGAAUGUUAUCCAGCAUUUUUCAAGCAUGAUUAACCAUAAUAGGGGCUGAAUCUGGUCUCUAGUGGGCUAAUGGAUUUUAAACGUGUUACUUAUUCAUACUGGGUUAAUCAUAUAAUUUAAUGCUUAAAUAGGAAUGCCGUUUCAUAGCCUAUGUGUCAUAAAUAUUUUUGGGUGCAUAGAAACAACUCGCCUAAAUGAAUAGCGCAUAUACAUUUUGCUUGUAGACAUUUACAAAAGUGCAGUAUGGUCACACCAAUGUGUUUUGUGUAUUUUAUAUAUUCAGAGAGAGAGAGAGAUUCAUGCAUUUAUUCAUUUAUUUAUUUUCGCAAAUUAUUGAAAUAAUAUUAAUAAAUUGUUAACAGAACUGCUCCAAACAGUCUGAUUUACAUAACUGUAGGCAAUAUAUAGCAUUCCUUAGUUCUUCAAAGUAUUAAACCUGUACGCCUGAGACAAAAUAUAAACAAAAUGAAAUGACAGGAAGUCAUUUGUAGUAAAUUGAUUAAUUACUUUCGUUAGGCUCCGCCCCAUUUCCCUCUUGGCCCCGCCUCUCUGGCCGCACUUAUCAGAAGAGUCAGAAGAGGAGGAGGUGAGCAAGGUGUAUGAGCAGCUUUCCUCAGCAGCUCAAAGUACUGCCUGUCCUGUCCUUAAAGAACAACAAAUAUAUCUUAAGUUAAAACGUAUACAAAGGGAUAUUUAUCUACAACGGGCAGGUUUUUUUUAACAUGGAAAGCCACCAAGGAACUUUUGAGAAGCCUCUCUGUCGUGCUGCGGUUUUGGAAAGGCCAGUGCACACUGCGUGGAACAUGACCAUCUGAACUCUGCAGCCGGAGUACCAACAUUACCCCUUCUAAUAUUCUGAAUCUAUAACAAACACAAAGCUCUUUAUUGUUUCAUGUUAGCAUUUACAAAUUGUGCUUAAAUCAAGGUGCUCAGAGAAGAUUCUUCUUUCCAAGCGAAAUGGAUGACCCAGGUUCGGUCUCCAUCUUCUCGUCCACAGCUCCUUUGUAUACAUUUUCUUUCCUCUCGAACCUGUCCACACCUUCCCCUUCUCCCCUAGUUUAUCCAUCCCCAAGUGUAGCAUCCACAGCUCUUUUUUGUUUCUUUCUAUCGCUCCUUUCACUUCUGGGUAUUCUGGGAAACCUCUACACUCUGGGGCUUCUCAUUCAGCGCCGCAGGGGCCCCAGAAGGAGACGCAGUAUGGCACCAAGCUGCUGUUUGACUCCUGCUUGCCUUAGAACCUUUUCCCCAUCUCACUCUUCUAAUUCCUCCCCCACCUCGUCUUCCUCUUUUUCUUCUUCUUCUUCACUUCAUCUACAGGUUCUGAGUCUGGCUUUGGCAGAUCUGCUUUACCUUUCCACAGCACCCUUUAUCGUUUAUGACAGCCUGGCAUCUGAUUGGGCCUUUGGUGAACUCGGCUGCCGCCUCCUGCUCAGCCUGGACCUGCUCACCAUGCACGCCAGCAUCUUCACACUGACUGCAAUGAGUCUGGACCGAUACCGUGCUGUGGCAGACCCACUUGCUGCCUCUUCAGCUCCUACUUCAGGCCUGCGGCGUGUGGUUCUGGCAUGGGGCCUUGCUGUGGCACUCAGCCUACCCAUGAUGAUCACUCUGCACCUGGAGGAUGGUGAAAACCAGGAGGGCAAACUGUGUGUUCCAGCAUGGGAUGAGCAGAGCUCCAAAGCUUACCUCAGUGUACUAUUCUGCACCAGUAUCCUAGGACCAGGUCUGGCCAUCGGGGGUCUGUAUGCAGCCUUGGGGCGUCACUACUGGGUUUCCCAGACCCAAUUGGCCUGGGCUGGUGGAUGUAGCGCCAACCCACCCCGUGCUCCUAGACCCAAAGUCCUCCUUCUCAUCCUGGGAAUUGUGCUUACAUUCUGGGCCUGUUUCCUUCCAUUCUGGAUUUGGCAGUUGCUACCACUCUAUCACCCAGAAGUUCUACGUGUGGUACCAGUAGGCACACAGGUCACUGUUAACCGGAUCCUAACAGGACUAACAUACGGGAACUCAUGUGUUAAUCCAUUUUUUUACACAUUGCUGACAGGAAAGCGGCACCGGACCAGCAGGCAGACAACAAGCACAGCUGCUCCAUUCUUCCAAAAGGGAAUCUCUGUUCACCAGUGAAAGCACUUUUUACCUACCCAAAAUAUAUAAGUGCACUUUUCACAACUCUUUUGUCACUUCCCAUUUGUCAGUAUGACAUACAGUACACCAUUCAUUGAUUCAUAUUCAGUAACCAUAAUCAAUUUAUUCUGGUCAGUCGUGUUGGAUCCAGGGCCUAUCCCGGGAACACUUGACACAAUAGAGGGGAAUAUACCCUGGAUGGAACACCAGUCCUUUGCAGGACAUAUUACAGACAUCUUUUUAAAUUAAUUGGAUUAUAUACUAUUCUGGUACUCAUGCAUUUCAGUUGCAUCAUUAUUGCUGCAGUCAAAUAUAUUAAGGCAAUGUGUAAUAAUCUGCUUAUAUGAGGCUCUCGUGCUUUUUAAAAGCAAAGCUUAUAAUGAAGCAUCAGGCCCUCAAUUAGCAAACACUUUGGUGAACAGAAGUGUGCAAAACAUCUGUUUGAGGAGACACCAAAGGCACAACAUUAAAGGGACGACACAAGUUUUGACAUGAUUUGUAACUUGCCCAAAGGGAAUUUUCACUGCAGGUGUGAAGCACUUUAAACCAGAUUGGUUUAUUAGCCAUAAUGAAGGGAAAGGCCAUAUAUUUAAAUUAGGCUCAAAGCUAAAGAAUAAUUCCCAUAGGAAUUUGCUCUUUGAAGAGGAUAAAUAUAUUUCUUGUCCAUUCUUUUAGGAUUUGUAAAUGUGUAUCAACUCAUACAAAGCUGUUUAGUUCUCAUACUGCAAUGUUUUACCUUUGUACAUUAAUAUGUCAAUUCCCAUUUAUUCUGUUUGUCAUUCAGUGGAUAAAUCGAUUUCCUAAUUUUCAGAACUUUUAUUUUACUGGCUUAUACACACUUUUUACAUUAGUAAAUUGGCAAUAAUACAGAUUUGACAACACUGACACUGCUUCCUUAAAAAAAUCUUGUUCUACUGAUUUACUUUACUGAAUGCUUGGCUCUAAUUUAAAUAUUUGGAAAACUACAGCCUACUGCAUUCUAUAAUAUAAUAUGUUUCCUAGAAGGUAUUGGUAUUCUUUGCAUUCAGAGUCUUCUAUGACUCUUGAAAACUUCAGACUUUGUUUGCCUUUUACAGCAAACUGCAUUAAUUUUUGCAUCUGUCUUUUCCCUGCAUUGCUUUGCACAAAGCAUAGUCACAAACAUUCAUGUACAUGCAUUUGUGACAAUAAUAUAUAUUGAUGAAUAAAAAUACCCC